AGUAGAGGAGGUAACUACAUCGCUGGGAACAGUUUUGUCCCCUGUUCCAGUGUGAUGGACAAUGAACAUUCAGAAUAUGAAUGGUAGAAAAAUCUUAACUUCUUUUAUUUUAUAGUGUUAUCAUAUGGAAGUUUCUCCUAAGCUUGAGAUCUGUAUAUCCCACUGCCUGUGGGGAUCUCUUGGAUUUCUGCAAGCAUCUGUGGGCCAAAGUAGACUUUGUUUCUCUCCUGCUUAAGAUCUUUCAAUGGAUUCCCAUCACCUACAAAAUAAAAUUGAAGCCCCUACGUUUAGUGUAUAAGGCCCCCUGCGAUCUGGCCCCAGCUUGCUUUUCUGCCCAUAUUUAUCAUUCUCUUCCUUUUGUAAUAAUACUCAAUUACUAAUAAUUCUCUCACACAUCAUAUUUGCAUCUCUGAACUUUGGCUCUUUACAUGAAACUCUCUUUCCGCCUUUGUUGCCUGGUGAAAUUUUAUUUACCCAGGACUCUCCUUAGGCAUUCCCUGCAGGAAGCAAGCCUUCGCUGAACCCCACCAUUGUCCUAAAUGCCCUUAGUCUGUACUCUCAUGGCACUCUAUGAGUUUAUCAAUUUUUUAUCACUUUCCAUUUUGUAUUUAAAUGAUCUAUUUGUCCAUCUCUCAUAUUAACAAUCUAAGCUGAGAAAAGCUGGAUCAGAUCAUAGUUAUCUUUGUAUCCCUAGUGCUUAGGUCAAUACCUGGCAUAGAAUAUUUUUUUUAUUUAAAUAAACUGACCUGACUUUCUUCUGGUUGGUUUUGUUCUGAGGCCCUAUCCCUGAUCUUGGUCUUUUAUCUCAGAAGUUGAAAGUCUCCCUAGAGCCAGCUGCAAAGUUCCCAGAGCACUAACAACACCACAGCCAAUUAACUACAGAGCAGGCUGCCCUGAAUCAGCAUCCCAAAACACAAAGACCAGGGCUCCGAGCAGGAGCAGCAGCAGAACAAUGGAAGCCACCCAGUCCGGAUGCCUGUUUCUAUUAUUGCUCGUCACCUGCAAGCUGUCCCCAGAAGUUGCUACAGAAGUUCAGGAAUCCACAGAUGGUCCCAGUGACUCCCAGGAACCUGUGUGGCUCACAGACGUCCCAGCUGCCAUGGAAUUCAUCACUGCUGCUGAGGUGGCUGUCAUAGGCUUCUUCCAGGAUUUAGAAAUACCAGCAGUGUCCAUAUUCCGUAGUGUGGUGCAAAACUUCCAAGACGUGUCAUUUGGAAUGAGCACUGAUUCUGAGGUCCUGGCCCACUACAACGUCACUGGGAACGCCAUCUCCCUCUUCCGUCUGGUCGAUAAACAACUGGAUUUAAAGAGCGAAGACCUUGAAAACAUUGAUGCCACCAAAUUAAGCAUUUUCAUUGGGACGAACAACCUCCACUUGGUGACAGAGUACAACCCUGUGACUGUGGUUGGCCUAUUUAAUAGCAUAAUUGAGAUUCAUCUUCUACUGAUGAUAAACAAGGCCUCUUCAGAGUAUAAAGAAAGCAUGCAUAGAUACCAGGAGGCAGCUAAGCUCUUCCAGGGGAAGGUACUAUUUAUCCUGGUGGACAGCGGUGUGAAGAAAAAUGGGAAGGUGAUAUCAUUUUUCAAACUAAAGGAGUCUCAACUGCCCGCGUUUGCCAUUUACCACACGCUAGACGAUGAGUGGGAUACCCUGCCCAUAACAGAAGUUAUAGUAGAGCACGUGCGAAACUUUUGUGAUGGAUUCCUGAAAGGGAAACGGCUGAAAGAAAAUCCUGAAUCAGAAGAAAAGACUCCAAAGGUGGAACUCUGAUUUCUCCCUAACAGUUCUGCAUAUUACCAAGUAUCUACUUUAUGCUGCACAAAAAGAUGCGACUCAACCCUCAGAGACGCUAAACAACAGGAUCAUCGGGCCCUACAGACAUACGCAGAGAGCUCCAUUUUGUUCCUUAAAAUCUCAGUUGAUCUCCUGUCCUCUCUGUUAAAUUUCCUAUGUUCUCUCAGUACCCAUCCAAUUUUCUGUUAUGCAUUCAUACUGCAUAGGCCCAUACACUAUAGUACCACUAUAACACCAUGGAUGGAGGACUUAGGAGAAACACUGUGAUACCGCUAUGAAAGAGAGACAUUCCUAGAGGGAGAUUGUUCUGAUUUGUCAUUUAAGACUAAAUUUGUACACUGCACAUGCCUUACACACAACAUAGUUUCUGCUCUUUUAGGGUUAUCUAAGGAUUGAAACUCUACUUUCCUCAUAAGCACACGUUCCUCUCUUAGUCAGGGCCAAGGACAAAAGGAUGAUUUUAAACACCUUUCUGGAAUUGCCUUUUUGCCAGAAGUUAAAUGAUAUUUCCAAGUUUCUGAACUCGGCAGAAACAGACAAUUUAAAAACUCUAUGCUUAUUUAGAGUUUCUAACUCCCCAUGUAAAUCAACAACCUCAUAAUAAAUAAAAGGCAACGAUGUUAUGGGAAAA